UCCUUCCAGAGCGUUGCGGGGAAAGACGAGGGGCUCCCGGACUCGGUGAAGAACUUGAUCGCUUCCAGUUAUGAUCCGAUCCAUACGUUUCACCAGGGAUUUCUCAAAGAAGUGGAGCAGCGUCUGGCUCAGUGGGAGGGUCGAUCGAACGCCCACAUUAAAGGAGACUAUCAACGCAUCGGUGACAUUCUCCUGAAGAACAUCCAGGGUCUCCGGCAGUUGACUGUUCAUCUUCAGAAACAUUCAGAGUGUCUGGUUGAACUUGAGCGUGCCUGCAG